GGACAACAGUCAACAUAGCCGCACAUUUCGCGCCUCCUGACGUCGUUCGUUUGCUAACCUGGUCCCUGCUCGUCAUCUUGAGCGUUUUUUCGUGGUGUGAUCAAGCUAUCCUGCUGUAAGUACUGGUCCAAAGUGCUGAAAUAGUACGAUAUUAGAACAAUUACCAUCGCUAGGGUUGUGUGAAACAGUUAUUUCAAGGCAGACAACGUUAAACUAACUCAGGAUCCCAGUUGGACGACUGAGGUGAGGCCGAGCGGUACCAGCUUAAAGGAAGGAUAAAAGCACUGACCCGGAGGAGGCUCCUCGUAUAAAAGUAAAGCUUUUGCAACAGACGAAGAGUACAGCUGCAACAACAAUGGCGGAAGCAGAUAUGCCAACUUUCAAAUGCGUGCUGGUCGGCGACGGUGGUACCGGCAAAACGACAUUCGUCAAACGUCAUAUGACGGGUGAGUUUGAAAAGAAGUACGUCGCCACCCUCGGCGUAGAGGUGCAUCCACUGGUAUUCCACACGAACCGUGGUGCAAUCCGGUUCAAUGUGUGGGACACGGCCGGACAGGAAAAGUUCGGUGGGCUUCGCGAUGGAUACUACAUCCAGGGACAGUGUGCCAUCAUUAUGUUCGACGUAACGUCUCGAGUGACCUACAAGAACGUGCCCAACUGGCAUCGCGAUUUGGUGCGCGUCUGCGAAAACAUCCCAAUCGUUCUGUGCGGUAAUAAGGUAGACAUCAAGGAUCGUAAGGUGAAGGCCAAGUCCAUCGUAUUCCACCGGAAGAAGAACCUACAGUACUAUGAUAUUUCUGCCAAAUCGAACUACAACUUCGAGAAACCGUUCCUGUGGCUGGCUCGCAAGCUUGUCGGUGAUCCUAACCUGGAGUUCGUUGCCAUGCCUGCCUUGCUUCCACCGGAAGUGAAAAUGGACAAGGAUUGGCAGGUACAGAUCGAGAAGGAUUUGGAGGAGGCACAGGCAACGGCCCUGCCAGACGAGGACGAGGAUUUGUAAGCCAUUGGAUACGCAACGUGGUUACAUGGUCCAUCGUAUUUUUGUAAUUUGAAUUAUAAGAAGAUUCAGUUAGGUCGGCGGUUAAAAUCCUGCUAGCAAGGCAACGGAAAUGUAGAGAAGAGUACACUUAAUCCCACAAAAUAGAGCGAACUCAAUAAUUGAACUAGCAACAGGCCCCCAGACAGGAGAAUAUCUUAACGAAACAAUUGCAGGUAAUUCAAUCUUGUUUCGGAACAAAGAGUACAGCAUAAGAAUGAUAGGAUACAGCAGGAAAUUGUAAAGCCGGCAAGGAGAAUCGAAAUCAUUUUGUUUGAUUCGGAAGACAGCGGAGAGAGAGAGAGAGAAAGAUAAAGAGCGUUAGCUAGGGGAUAGUACAGUACAGAAAUGAAAUAUUAUGCGUUCAUCAUUUAUUGGUUCCGUAGGUACUGAAAACGGUAAGUUUUGCACCGUUUUGCUGCGUUUAGGUGUACAAGACAGCAGGAAUGUUUGAGUUCCCUUUAAUUUUAAUGUUACUGUGUGUCGAUGGAAGGAUUAGGAGAUAUAUUGGAGAAUGAAAAUACACAAGCUCAUGCAAGAUUCCACUCUCGUAAGAA